AUGACUGCAACAAUGUUUACGCAUCUGUGCUUUGCCCAAGACAUGUUUACAAAUGGCCUUACUGUUUUUGAGUAUCUUGUGGGGUUCAACAUACCAGACAGUAGCACCCUCAAGCGUGUUAUGAAAGCACAAAAAGACCUCCUCGAACGGCUCCGCCCUUUUGACUUCAAGGACAAAGCUAGCCAGCCCAUUGUAACUUUGGCUGUGGACCGUAGCACCAAGUCAAUGGUAGCGCCGGCCGGUAGCUUCAAGACAUGUCACCCAGCAUCAUUCGUCAACCUUGACAAAUUGUCUCAAGCCCACAUUACGGCAGUACCAAUUCUGGGGCUUGAGGCCAUUGUGGUGAAGCACGUUUACUGGAGAGUGUCCGGUCCUACAUCAAGUCACAAGCAAUUGACAAUCAAUGACAAACUUGUUAAGACACUUGAUGAGGCUAACUGCCUUUAUUGGGCCACAAGUCUGAUAAAUUUACUCUACAGUUAUAUUGACAAAACCCUUGCUUGCAGAGCACCAACAGCUCCAACCAUCAUCGUUCCUCGUCUCCAUCUGGUACAUUCUGCAGUCGCGGUGCCUCAAGAUUCUUGUGAAGCCUCUGCAGCUGUAUACCUCUUGGAAGAGAAAAUUACUGGUAAAUUUGUGAAAUACAUCAACAAUAACAGUGCCACACUGAGGCAAAAUCUUGAGGAGUCUGAGUUAAACAUAGCGGAAUUUCUGUGCUUUGCACAGCAUGCACAGCAUGCACAAUACAACAUAACUCAAGGCUUGGUAUUUCUGUCAGAUUUUCAAGGUGCAGGCGACCUUCUGACAGAUUGCCAGGUCAUUACAACCCCGGACUAUGCAAAAAGCUUCAGUGACGGCAAUUGGACCAAAAUGUUGCACAAUUUCCCUAAGCGCCAUAAUCAACAGAUACUGUGUGGCCUUGGGUUUAGUGUCAUUCUCUCGCACCCCGAUGGAUACGUCAAUCUCAGUAUGCCGGUCUGACGUAGGGUGGAGUAAUAUCUUGAUAGAGACACAUAGCACCGUUCUUCAUAUUUUUCUUGUAUUAAAUGGGCCUCCUCAUACCGAAACACUUGUUCUACGCUCUCAAUCUGCCACGCACAAAUUUAUUUUGAUAAUUGAUUUU